AUGGUACAGGAACACUGGGACCACUUUCAGCAGCACUCUGCUGCCUUCAGCUGGCCGAUCCAGUGCCUUUCUGGAAACACAAAAAAAUGGCUGGAUGUGGUGGUGGACAACAGGCUGCCGACGGUGAGAAAUCAGCUCAUCAUGCUUCACUCUGCCUCCAAUAAUGAGUUCUGGAGCACCUUGAUGGAAAAAUCCUACACCAAGAUUAAUGGCAGUUAUGAGUCCCUUAAAGGCGGCGGCACCAUGGAGGCCAUAGAGGACUUCACUGGUGGAGUUGGAGAGGUGUAUGAAAGCCGGAAACCUCCAGAACACCUGUUUGCGCUCAUGAAAAAGGCCUUAGACAGAGGCUACAUGAUGGGAUGCUCCAUUGAUAUCACCAGCUCUGCCGAGUCUGAAGCCAAGACUAGCACAGGCCUUGUGAAGGGACACGCCUACUCCAUUACAGGCCUGGAAGAGGUAAACUUCAGAGGCCAGAGAAUCAAGUUGAUCCGACUCAAAAACCCAUGGGGUCAGGUGGAGUGGAACGGCAACUGGAGCGACAAUUCCAGAGAGUGGGAUUCUUUUGACAAAGCAGAGAAAUCCCGGAUCCUUCAGAAUUCAGAAGAUGAAGAAUUUUGGAUGGAGUUUGAAGACUUCAAGAGGAAUUUUGACAAGGUGGAGAUUUGCAACAUGACCCCCGACGCCCUGGAUGAUAACACAAAACGCCACUGGGAGGUCAACGUCUUUGAGGGCAACUGGAUCCGCAGCUCCACCGCUGGAGGCUGCAGGAACUACAUCGACACAUUCUGGACCAACCCACAGUUUAGGCUGGAGCUGGAGGACGCUGAUGAUGAUGACGACGUCUGCAGUGUGGUGAUUGCUCUAAUGCAGAAGAACAGACGGAAGCUGAGGAAAGAAGGCCUGGACCUGGAAACAAUUGGCUUUGCUGUGUAUGAGGCUCCAGAGGAUGACGACCAAGUGGGGAAGGAUUUCUUCCGCUACCACCCCUCCAAGGCUCGCAGCAGGACGUACAUCAACAUGCGGUAGGUGUCCAAGCGCUUCACCCUGCCUCCUGGAAAGUACCUGCUGGUCCCCACCACCUUCCAGCCCCACCGCGAGGCCGACCUCCUCAUCCGCAUCUUCUCAGAGAAAGCAGCCAAAGCCAUAGAGAUGGGGACCAACGUGGACGCAGACCUGCCAGAGCCCCCGAUGCCCAGCCCUCCAGAGGAGGAGAGCGAUGAGGAGAAAGGCCUGAGGAGGCUGUUUGAGCAGCUGGCCGGUUCGGACCAGGCUAUCUCUGUGAUGGAGCUGCAGCAGAUGCUGAAUGGUGUUCUCAGUCGACGAAAAGAGAUCCAGUUUGAAGGGCUGAGCCUCAGCACCUGCCACAGCAUCAUGAACCUGUCAUGA